AUGGACUGGUUGAGGAAGCAUCGUGUCAUCCUUGAUAGUGACACUAAAUGGGUUGCCCUGAGGACUUCUUCUGGGAAUGAAAUAGUCAUGGCCGGGAAGCAUCGGAAUUAUCUUACUAAUGUGAUUUUUGCCUUGCCAGAAUCUGGUAAGGGCUAUGUUGUCUAUAGUGAUGCCUCUCAUUCUAUUCUUGGUUGUGUGUUGAUGCAAGAUAGGAAAGUUGUGGUCUAUGCUUCGAUACAACUCAAGCCACAUGAGUGCAAUUAUCCAACACAUGAUCUGGAGUUAGAUGCUAUGGUUUUCACUCUUAAGAUAUGGAGGCACCAUCUUUAUGGGGAUAAAUGUAUCAUCUAUAUAGAUCAUAAGGGUCUUAAGUAUGUCCUCACCCAGAAGGAGUUGAACUUAAGACAAAGGCAUUGGAUCGAACUUCUGAAAGGCUAUGACUGUAUCAUCGGGUACCAUUUGAGUAAGGCUAAUGUUGUGACGAAGGCAUUGAGUAGGAACUCCAUGUCGGAAUUGAGGGUAAUGUUUUCUAAAUUUAAUUUGUUUGAUAACAGUGGUUUGCUUUCGAAAUUUCAAGUGCAACCAACUCUGAUUGAGAAGAUUAAACUGAAACACAUUUCACGUUUGUCCUUAGAGCCUCAUGUGAAACUCGUUAAGGGGGGUAAGACUUCAAAUUAUACUUAUAAUUCUGAAGGAGUUUUAUGUUAUCAUGGAAGAUUCUGUCUACCUUCUGAUCCUAAGUUGAGGCAGUCCAUACUUUGGGAAGCACAUAACAACCCCUACGUUAUGCAUCCUUGUGGUAGUAAGAUGUAUCGGAAUCUUCGUGAGCAGUAUUGGUGGUUGGGACUAAAAUGUGAUGUAACAGAUGUGGCAAGAUGCUUGACGUGCAAAAAGUCAAGGCUAAACAUCAAUUUCCUUUGGGUUUUCUUUAGCCUAUUCAAGUUCCUUAUUGGAAAUGGCAUCAUGAAUUUUGUUAGUGGGCUACCGUUGAUGUCAUCUAAGAAAGACUCUAUAUGA